UCCUAUAAGUGUGUGGAAUGUGGAAAGAGCUUCAGUCACAGCCAUGAUCUCACUUCCCAUCAAAGAAUUCACACAGGGGAGAAACCCUAUCAGUGCAUGGAAUGUGGAAAGAAAUUCAUUACAAGCUCCAGUCUCACUUCCCAUCAGAGAAUUCAUACAGGAGAGAAACCCUAUCAGUGUGGGGAAUGUGGAAAGAAAUUCAUUACAAGCUCCAGUCUCACUUCCCAUCAGAGAAUUCAUACAGGAGAGAAACUCUAUCAGUGUGGGGAAUGUGAAAAGAGCUUCUGGGUGAGCUCUGAUCUCACUAAGCAUCAGAAACUUCAUACAGGGGAGAAACCCUAUCAGUGCAUGGAAUGUGGGAAGAGCUUCAGUAGCAGCUCCAAUCUCACUUCCCAUCAGAGAAUUCAUACAGGGGAGAAACCCUAUCAGUGUGGGGAAUGUGGAAAGAGCUUCAAUCAGAGCUCCUCUCUCACUUCCCAUCAGAGAAUUCAUACAGGAGAGAAACCCUAUCAGUGCAUGGAAUGUGGAAAGAGCUUCAAUCAGAGCUCCUCUCUCACUUCCCAUCAGAGAAUUCAUACAGGAGAGAAACCCUAUCAGUGCAUGGAAUGUGGAAAGAGCUUCAGUCACAGCUCUGCUGUCACUAAGCAUCAGAGAAUUCAUACAAGAAAGAAACACUAUCAGUGUGGGGAAUGUGGAAAGAGCUUCAGGAAUAGCUCCCAUCUGACUUCUCAUCAAAGAAUUCAUACAGGGGAGAAACCCUAUCAGUGCAUGGAAUGUGGAAAGAGCUUCAGUCAGAGCUCCAAUCUCAAUUCCCAUCAAGGAAUUAAUACAGGGGAGAAACCCUUCAUUCUAUAGCUUUAGGAGCCAGGCAAAUCCACACCUUGUUAACCAGGCCUUUGGCUGAUUGACAUCUAAGGCCCUUUUAAAAUGUGGUGGGGAGUUGAGUUACUGAUGUGUAUGUUGUGUUUUUAUGUUGUAACCGUCCUGAGACAUGUGGGAACAGGAGUCAACACCUAGAGGCCAAGGGGUUUUUGACCCCCAAUAGUAUAUUUGAGGGGGCCACCCCCCCAGUUGAUAGGCAUUGCCAUUCCAAUGGCCUGCAUGCAUCAUAUGUUUGUUUGAUUGUGCAAGGCAGGCCUUACCUGGCCCCUUCCUCCAAUAUUUUAUUCAAGUUGGCACCACUGGGUCGGGUGGUAGACAAAUUAAAUACAUAAAUCACCUUCCUUUGCACAUGUUUCAGCCUGUCAAUAUCCUUAUUUUUUAUCAUUUUUAAUAUUUAUGUGCCUUUCAUCUGAAGAUUUCACAACAGAAACAUACAGGAUAAAAGCAUGGCUUUCUCAAAAACAAGAAAAGCCAGAGAAAUCUCUCCUCCCCUUUUUAUGGAUGGAGUUACAAACUUUGUUGAUCAGGGAACAGCUGUGGAAAUAGUGCAUCUUGAUUUCAGUAAGGCUUUUGACGAAGUCCCCCAUAAUAUUUUUGCCUUUAAGCUUCUAAAAUGUGGGCUGAAUGAGGAAACUGUUAGGUGGACUUGACUAACUGAACCCAAACAGUCCUCCUCCAUGGUUCCUCAUCAUCCUGGGGAAAAGUGACAAGAGGGGUGCUGCAGGGUUCUGUCCUGGGCCCGUUGUUGUUCAACAUCUUUAUGAAUGACUUGGAUGAAGGAACUGAGCGGGUGCUCAUCCCAUUUGCAGAGGACACCAAAUGGGGAGCGGAGGCCAAUGUGGCAGAAGGCAGAAUGAAGCAACCAGAAUCCACCUCAACCUGAUGGACUGGUGAGCCCCUCCUCCUUUUCCUCUCCCCCCAAGCCAUCAAUACAGCUAACACGAUCAAUAUUCCCCCCAGCCUCACACCUCCACAAAGAUCCCCACCCAACACCAGUCCAGGUGACAUAAAAAGACACUCCCUAUUACCCAACAAUCUACAACUCACUCUCAGCACCCCUCCCCACGCCUUACUAAGUAAAAUAAUUCCCCUUGUUGCAAGGAUUUUUAAGGUACCAGUGACCCACUCAAAUUGUGUCCCAGAAUUGACAGACGCAGCAGUAGAGAAAAAGAAAGUGAUAUUUAUUGCUGAGCAAUAAGUGACCCAGUGGAAUCCUUUCCAAAAGACUGGGCCCCAGGCUCUAGCGCCCAGAGGCUUUAUACCUGAGAAGAAAAAGGAACUUCGGCCCUUACGCUCCUACGCGGCCAUCUGCUAUACCGGGACAUUCUGCGGUUAGCAUCUUCCUGUUUGAGCUACUCGGGACCCUGUCUGGACAGGGGGGAAAGUGCCAGCACAUCAGAUUUAUUGCUUCCCCCUUAUGUUAGCGAGACAUUGAGAAGAACAAGGGAAGGGAACUGGGGCAGAGUUCAUUUCGGAUUCUUCCGAUCUAAGCAAUUUGCUAUAAGCUUUUGCAGAAGCCGUCAUGAUUCAAACAUGGAUUAUAUAAAAAUCAUUAUAAGGAUA